GUGAUGGGACAAACGCAAAAUUUGUAAUUAUGGUGUUCAACUAUUAUUUUCUGUUUGGUUUAGAAGGGGGUUAAAAAUAGGAAUAAAUAAAAAUUCUUCAAUGUCAUGUUUUUAUUUAUUUCUUCCAGGUGCAGGAUACCAUUCAACCCAAAAAGAAGAUGCUUAUGUGAAACUCUGUAAAUCUACAUGCUUAAAGAAGGAUUUUCAGGUGGUGUGUAGAUUCAGCUUUAUUCAAAUCAUGACUUUGGGGGGUCGAAUGGGACCACAAUUUGUGUUCAAAGUUUCACUGGGUAAAACUGCUUAUAAAAAGAUGUCCCAUUUGCUCAAGAAAGGGUGGGGUGCUGUAGAAUGUGUGACAGAGGCAGUUAAACUUUUAGAGGAUGCAGUGCUGACUAAUGCAGGUAUGGGAUCUAAUCUUAAUCUCAGUGGCUCUGUUGAAUGUGACGCCUCUAUUAUGGAGGGAAGGAAGCUGAUGUUUGGAGCAGUGGGGGCCAUUUCUGGUGUCAAGAACCCAGUAGAGGUGUCGGCCACACUGGUAAACAGACAGUUAGGGGACAAAUUGUCCUUAGGGAGACUUCACCCAAGUGUUCUUGUAGGUGAUGGAGCUAAGCAAUGGGCUGAAGAAAAUGGAAUAAAAACUUUGGAAACUAGACACCUAAUUACAGAUGAUGCACAGAAAACUUACCAGAAUCACAAAAGGAAACUGGACAUUGUAAAUGAAAGAGACGCCAGCAAGAAAAUGAAGUUAUCAGAACAGAGAGAUGAUAAUAAAGAGUAUAAUGGUGUACAGGAGGAAGAGAAGAUACAGGACACUGUGGGAGCUAUCGUCAUGGAUACCAGUGGUAACAUAGCAACAGCGGUGUCCAGUGGUGGAAUUUCUCUCAAACAGCCAGGAAGGCUUGGCCCUGCAGCAACCUAUGGUGCAGGAUGUUGGGCCUACAAUCAGAGACCAGGAAAAGCAGGGGUGGGAACCAGUACAUCAGGAAGUGGAGAACACAUAAUGAAGACGUUACUGGCCAGAGAGAGUGCCUUGUCUAUACAACGGGAAGAUAAUGCUAGUCUGGGACUGUCCAACUGUUUUAAAAAUAACUUCUUAGAGUCUGAGUUUUUAGAAGAAGAGAAAGACAAGUUGGCUGGGGUGCUGGCUCUCAAACAGAAUGAUGGGGAUACAGUGGAAGUAUUAUGGGGUCACACUACAGAUAGCAUGUGUGUGGGGUAUAUGUCUUCUUCGCUGAAGAAACCAAAGGUUGUCAUGUCUCGACUCCCAGAAGGUGGGAUCCCUGGGAAAUCUUUCACCAUGUCUGGAGUGUCCAUAUGAAAGGAUACCCAAUAGAAUGCCCUCACAAACCAAGUAUUGUGAGUCUAUAUAUUGAUAUCAGGGAAAUCCCUUACCACAUCUGAAAGGGCUGAGAGGAGCUGCACCAUAGCUAGGAAAGUCCCUCACCAUGUCUGGUGAUAUGCAGGGACUGGAAGAGGAACCCUUUGACAAGGCAGUGUCUAUAUGGAAGACAUAAUGGAAAACCAGGGAAAUAUUUUCCAUCUUUGUUGUGUUCAUUCAAGGGGACAAACCAUAUAAUGCAAUUAUAUUUUGUUUGCC